AUGUACAUCACUCUCUACUAUAUAGUAACCCUUCUUCCUGACUCCCUUCGUGUAGUCAGGGACCACUUCCUCUCAGUCUGUCCCACCACUCUCACUGUUGACCUCUUAGAGGAGGCCCUCCUAGCAGCGGAGAAGACCAUAGUCGCUGUAGGAGCCUCUCGUGGUGACCCUCGCACCCCCAUCUUUGAGGGGUGUUCUCCUUCCCCCCUUUUGCCCCCUGUCGCCUCUGCCGCUGCGGCCGACCUCGUUGGUCUUGAGUCGGUCGGUGCGGCGUCUGCCCCUAGCGGGAGACGCCGCUCUGGCAAGGGCAAGGGGGGCAAGGGCGCGGGUGGAGCUAGCGGGGGCGGUGGAGGUGGCGGUGCAGGCGGCGGAGGGAGUGGGGGUGGUGGUGGGAGUGGUGGCGGGGGUGGAGGUGUCGAUGGCAGCAGUGGAGGCGGAGGCGGCGGAGGCGGCGGAGGCGGCGGAGGCGGCGGAGGCGGCGGCGGUGCUAGCGGAGGCGGCGGUGGUGGCGGAGGUGGAGGAGGCGGUGGUGGAGGAGGUGGCGGUGGUCGGGGUGGCGCUUCGCAGCGGAGCAGCCCUGGUGGUGGUCAGCGCCAGCAGAAGCAGCAGCAGCAGCAGCAGAGCUCUCGGGACAUCCCCCCCCCUCAGCAGCUCCGUGAGUGGUGUGUCCUAGCCUGGGGUGCUACGACUUGGGGUGCUGAGCGUGGGGGUCCUUUGCCUGGGGUUGCUGCGUCUGGAGCUGCUGAGCCUGGGGGUGCUGCGUCUGGAGCUGCUGAGCCGGGGGUUACUGAGUCUGGAGCUGCUGAGCCUGGGGGUGCGGAGCCCGCGGCCGCUGGACCUGCUCGUGUGGCGUCUGGCGGUUCUGGGCCUCGUGGUUCUCCGGGUGCUUCGUCUCGGCGGAAUCCACUCUCUCCACAGGAGCUGCGCGAGUGGUUUGCCCGGCGCUGGAGUCGUACUGCUUGA